CUCGACUAGCAGACCCCAUCAUUGCGUUGGCAACACGUUACGGCAUUGUUUUGUAACGGCUUGGGCAUCUCUCGAGCGUAUAUGCUGCCGACGCCUGUGCACAGCAUCCUUGCGCGUAGCAGAAUCGAGACGUCGGCAAUUGUCGACGCUUACCUCGAGAGGAUAAAAAUCGGACGAGAUCUUGACCUGUUUUGGACAAGGCUCACAACGACCAAGUUUUUGCUUCCGAAUCCGUAUCCGCAACUCUUGCGCCACUUGCGUGAAAUCGAGUCGCAGACAAACGCAUGGGAAGUUCCCCUCGCCACCGUUAGCGUCGUCAACAUACCACCAAGCAUUGGCGAGUUCGGGGUUGUCGAGGGUGGCGUGUUUGGUCGAUCUCGCUUGGUUGCGCGCGUGGAUGGCUGUAGACUCGCUCACCUUUCCAAGCAUUUGGGAUGUCCUUGGUACAAGCAGCAAAGUGCCGAUGGGAUCGCGUCCACGACCAUGACGUGUCUCGUCGGUCCUGCCGUCUUCCACGGAAAAGGAUAUCUACCAACGAUCCAUUUCCUUCAGCUAGAGCAGCAUGUGGUGAUCGAAGGGGACAACCUGGAACGGGCGAUCACUCUGUUCGCCCACAUGAUCGCCAAGGAUGCGUUCGAUACCCAAACGUCUGCGUCGUCCAUCAACCAAGGGGUAUGGGUGACAAUCCCUUCCUUCAAGAAGAGCGACAAACACACCGAGAAAUUGUGGACCCUCGAUGCGAUUCAGACGUCUCGAGUCGCGUUUAUUAGUGCUGUCAAGACUGCUGUGGCGGCUCGCGUGCCUUGCUACGUUACCGAAUUUCGCCACGCUCCACCGUUCAAUCUGGGCCAUGGGAAUGGAAGCCAAAUCAAAUGCGCAAUAUCGUAUGUGCGGGUGCAUCGAGAGCUUGUGAUGCACUUCAAGCCACCCAACGAAGUGCUGACAUCAUUCACUCGCAACCCCCACCGACCGCUGAUUGAAGGAGUCUUUUUCAGCGAAGACGCUCUCAAGGCGUACGUAACCAAGGUGGCACCGCCAGCCACAACGGCAGUCAUGGAACCGUAUGUGGCACCCAUUCUUUCAAACUAUUCGGUGGGCAACUACUUGGCCAUGGCGUAUGCCUUGGUUCACCACAUCUGCGUGAACGAAGACUCUUUCCAACCGAUCGCCCAGCUCGGCAAAGUCACGUUGGGGUUUCCAGGACAACUUGUUGUUUUGGCACAGACCAGCGCGCUGAUUCAAGAGAUGCUGACAUUGCAAAUCUUGACCCCCACCACGACCCAACUCCAUUUGAAACAAUUGUGGAAUAUGGUGGCCCAACAUGCGCACAAUGUUCGCACGUUUCUGUGUCAGAACUCGCACUCGAGUCUGCUUGGAAUCCGCCACACACUUGAACAGCUCGCCACUGCCCUGGAAAUUCCAAGCGCUUCAACGUCGGAGGCUGUCGUGGUGCAGUCGGCGGUGGACGCUUGCCGCCGCAUCGAGUUGCUCUUGGAGCACGCGGCACAGUGCGUGACUCGAGACGUCAUUGAGACCAUGCGUGGCGAUGGCGGCGUCGUGCAUCCAAUCCAGUUGGUCAACCGGCUCGCUCAAACGGCCGCGGAAGAAGAACGGACGGCCCUCGCCGCGCUGACCAAGACCAAACUGAAGCGGGUGGCGCCAAAGACCGACAACUCCCCGAUUGCGAUGUCACAGCUGGUCGAGCCAGAUCAGCCCACAUUGCCUUUGCACGGCAUUGACGUGGACCAGGAAGUGCAAAGCGCAGUUGCAUCCCUCACGUACCCCCCUCUGAUUGCUCGCGAAGCAGUGUACAUGCAGUACAUCGUCGAUACGAGGCUGGACGAAGCUCUUCAGUCUGCGCUCUCUGCCAUUAUUUUGGAAGGGAUGCCGCCAAACCACUUUCCUCCAUUUAUUCAGCGCCUCCGUGCGUACGCCAUCCGCCACAGCAUGUCCCUUGCACAGGCGGCCCCACCACCACUGCCGCUGCACGCCCAUCCUCAGCCACCACCAAACCAAAUUCGCAAUGAUUUUGCCGACACGGACGGCACCAUUGUGGAAGUGCGUGGGCUGUUUGGAACCGCAAGGUGCACGUCGUUUUUUCCCGACAGCGUCGUCUCGAUGGCCGCAAAGGUGCAAUCGUGGCCGACAUGCCCGGUGCAAUACACUUCUCCCUCGGCUCUCUUCACCAUCCAGACGUGGACAUCGUUGUACCUCCGACGGUUUUACAUGUGGCUGGAGGAUGCGCCGAGCCAAGUGGAUGUUGUCGAGCAUAUCCAAGUGACGACCGUUCAACCGACACUACAGUUGACGCAGAAAGCAGCCGAGCUCUUCAGCGACGCUGUAUUGCAGGACGUUCUGACCAUUUCGGACCAUCCCCAGAUGGCGGUCGUGUGGUUCCAGACGUCCCACGACCAUGCGUUCGACUCGUUUUCAUCGCGUCCGACGUUCAAAGUCGACGCGGGUGGAAUCAAAUUACAGCGAGAUUUGCUUCGAAGUCGCGUCGAAAAUGCCGCUCUGUCCAAACAAUGGGUGCAAAUCUGCGUGUUUCACGACUGCACCCUCGUCGUCAAGACGUAUGUGCUGCACCUUGUCGACCACAGCCGUCGGCGGUGCUUUGCCCCGCCGCGACUUCGUUCGCCGAAUGCGUCGCAUCUGUGCUUUAGUCGAGCAAGUGCAGAAUGGACGACGAGCUUGAUCGACACCUCACCUGAGUGCGACGUGGUGGACGACGCGGAUCUCUUGGACAUGUACGAUCGAGUGUUUCAGCGUGCAGUUCGCCAUCCUGACGAGUUUGCCACAUGCGAAGCUGCGCUGUGCGUCAUGUUGGCUUCGCCUGUCGUGGCGCUGAACGCACUGGAAACCCAAGGACACGCAUUUGCCAUGGCGUGCACGACAAAGUGUCGUUUGCAUGAGUUGAAAGGGUGCAUUGAAGCGUGGGUAGCGCGCAUACGCGCCGUUGUCGACACCCCUGCCACGCAAGACAUGCUGUGGCUUUUUUCGAGGUGGAAACGGCCGCUUGCAAGUGCACUGGCUGCUAAAGACUCCAUGCAGACUCGUGCGUUCGUCGAGGGGCUGACAACCUUUGUACUUGCACUUCGGCUCAGCUGCCAGAUCGAUGUCCACUUCAGUUCCAAAUUGCCCACAAUGCAAUCGGUUCGUUACUAGCUGAUCUAAGGCAACUCGUGGUAUAUCCGAUAUGUAGC